AGUUGAAUGCAUUCCUUCUUACAUGAAUGGACAAGGAGGACGAGGAAGAGCCUUUUUCUCAUGGUACCUUUGUUUCUCGAUUUGGCGAAUUAUCCAAACUUAACUUGCCUCAAAAUAAAAGCACUUCCACAAUACGUAAUUUUUAAAGCUCAACUUUGUGUGGAUCCGUGAACCAUUUGGUUUUUGGCUGCCGCGUGAGCUCGAGACGAUGUACGCCAAGGGCCAUGGCCCUCCCAACAUGUGUCAUUCAAAAGCCCCCAUUGUUCGCGUUGACCAACCAAGAGUUGGCCUUGGAGUGAGGCCAGGAGUGGGGGGUAUGCCGGGGAUGCCGGGGAUGUCGGGGAUGUCGGGCCAGGAAGAGCACUACCUCACGUUGACCAGACUGGAUGGAUUGGCUCGAGACUUGGGCUUGUGUUUCAUGACGGAUUUCCAAUCGCCUAUCCACACCGACCUCACGCUGUGGAUCGCUGGGCGGGCCAUUCCCUGCCACAAAUUGAUGCUGGUGGGCUGCUCGCGGCUGUUCCGCCGACUUCUGGACCCCUCGGAUCCAGAGCCAGCUCAUGUCAGCCUUGGGGAUCCCGAUCGUGCGUCAGCCCAGGCCCUGCAAGAUCUCAUCCCUCAGCUCUAUCUCAGAUUGAGUGGCUUGCUCCCGUCCAAUCACGGCGGGACACCGGAGCAUGAGGCUUGGAGCCACUUGCUGGAGCUGGAGCCUUUCUGCUGGAGGCCCGAAGCUGCGCCGGAUCGACCUGACCUCAAGGUAGAAAUAGACCCUCCCAUUGACGUUAAACCGAGUGUCAAUCGGUUGAGAAAAAGACCUCUCGCUCAAAAUGUAUUGCCUUCGAAUACAACGGAGGGAAAAUGCGCUAAACUAGUUGAUAUCAAAUCUGAAAGUUGGCCCGCCAUUACUUCAGCCGAUAAGAUAUAUGAGGCUUCCCAGGAGUCGAUUGAAGACGUCUCGACCGAUACUGAGGGCGAGGGCCAUACGUAUCCCAAACAAUGGAACAACUCCAACUCGCCUUGGGUGCCAUUCUUAGAUAGUUUGACCCAAGGUCAGGGUUCGAUUGCCAAUGUCAAGCCCUACAAAGAAGGAUUCACCGUUGAGAGUCGACAGAAGAAUAAGCGGCGCUAUACCAUGAAGAAAAACGCCCCUUUUCGUGCCAUCGUGGGCGUAAAGCAGCCCAAUUUGAAAAUCGGCCAUGUAUGUCACGGCCUGCCGCUGGCUUGGAGUGAUCCAAAUGCCAGUUUAAUUUCCUUACAAUUUGAUCGCUUCGUUCGCACAGCCAAGCUUCUUUUUGGAUUUUCCGAUCAAGACCUUCUGUUCAACACCAAGUUGUUACAUCGACAGGGGCGAUCGUCGGAAAAAGUUGCUAGCAUCAAAGAUCAUAUCCGAAGAGGAAUGUUGACUAAAUUCUCCAAGUAUAAACCCGAACAAUUACAAGAGUUGUUAAACGGGCCUGAAUUGAUGAAAAUCCAAGCUCAGUCACAACCACGCCCUCUCAUAAGUUUCAGUGAUCAAGCGUCAUUCCAAAUCGAUAUUGUAUCCGAUCUGUGCAUUGCAGACCUUCAAGGGGUGAUCAUGUUAGUCUGGGAUGAAGAUCAAAAAUGUUUGAGAUCCCGAGACUUUGUCAUGAUACAGGAUCCCACCAAACUAGGUGAGCAAGGCGAUUACUUUCUGAGCAUUCUUUUUGAUACAUGGUGCACAUCAAGUGAAAGCCUACCCGAGACAAGUAUUUUGGAAAGUUGCUUCGAGAGGGUAGCCAAAAUGUCUUUUUUGCCCAAAGUGGUCCAUAGUCUGUUGUCAGAAAAGCUUCCUCAAAAACAAUGCCCGGAGUGUGGGCAGGUUUUCCCUCAUUUGACUCCGGCUCAACAAGCCAAAUAUAAACUCCACAAAGACCGUCAUGAAGUCGAGAACUUCCAGUGCGAUUGUGAUGAAGUCUUUGGCGACGACACAAAAAAGAAGCGACAUAUACUCAUCAAACACUCCAAUGGGCUUUAUGUUCAAUGCUCUCAAUGUGUGUUCAUUGGAGUCCUGUCGGAGUUGUCGGCCCACGAAAUCGAGUAUCAUCGGAGCUUCAUUUGUGAUAUUUGUGGCAAAGUUUUACCGACCAAAUCCAGUGCUUCGUCCCAUUAUCGGGAUUUGCAUAAACCGUACCAAUGUGAAACGUGUUAUAAAGAAUUCAUAGGAUAUCGAUAUUUUAAUGUUCACUCGCGUAGUCACAUGGAUCCUUGGACUUGCCAGCAUUGCUCGUCGGUGUUUAAGGCUAAGUCCAUGCUGGACAAGCAUCUCCUGCGGAUGCACACGAAUGACAAUGAGAAACCCUUCCAAUGCAACCUUUGUGGGAAAGGUUUUAUUUACCAGCGAGCUCUCGAUGCACACUCGAUGAACGCACACAUUAAGAGCAGACCAUGGGCCUGCCGGUAUGGUUGUGGUUCUAGUUAUAACGAUACCAGUAAUAGGAACCACCACGAACGGAAGAAGCACGGGAAAACAUGGGAGGGUUCAAACCCAUGAAAAGAAAAAAAAGUCUGCUUACAUGAGAUGCAUUUUGAUAAUUUGUUUAUCUAAAAUACACGAUCAAAAUUCCAAAUUAGUUUAUAUUGAA